AUGAAUGGGUACUUGGACGAGUCCAACUUCAGGAUGGUGGAGGAGGGUUUCACCACCAGAGACCUCCUGGAGAACCUCCUCGUGGAGCUGUGCCAGGGGGUGAGGAGUGACCAGCAAGCCUUCUUCGUGGCAGACCUUGGGGACAUGGUGAGGAAGCACCUGUGUUUCCUGAAGGCCCUGCCUCGUGUCAAGCCCUACUUCCCAGUCAGGUGCAACAGCAGUGAAGGGGUGCUCAGGCUGCUGGCAGAGCUGGGGACAGGCUUUGCCUGUGCCAACAAGGCAGAGAUUGCACGGGUUCAAAGCAUCGGGGUCCCAGCUGACAAGGUCUUCUACAGCAGCCCCUGCAAGCAGGUUGCCCACCUCAGAUAUGCAGCCAAGCAAGGUGUGGAGCUGAUGACCUUUGACAACGAGGUGGAGCUGAGCAAGGUGGCCAGAAACCACCCUCGUGCCAAGAUGUUGUUGGGUGUUGCUCCUGACUCCAGCCCCUCUGCCCACCCAAGCAUGAUGUUUGGGACCACACUCAAGUCCUGCCGGCACCUGCUGGAGAUGGCAAAGGAGCAGGCUCUGGAGGUGGUUGGCAUCAGCUUCCACCUGGGGAGCCAUGGGCUGCAGCCCCAGACCUUGGCUCGGGCAGUGGCCGUGGCACAGCUGGCCUUUGAGGUGGGCACAGAGCUGGGCUUCCAGAUGCACCUCCUGGAUAUCGGGGGGGGAUUCCCUGGCACCGAGGGCGCCCGAGCCCGCUUCGAAGAGGUUGCUGCUGGGAUAAACUCGGCCUUGGACUUGUAUUUCCCAGAGGGCUGUGGGGUGGAGAUCUUGGCCAGACCUGGCAGGUACUAUGUCAGCUCUGCCUUCACCUUCGCCGCCAGCGUCACGGGCAGGGAGGAGGUUCCUGCAGAACAGCCCAGCUCUGAUGAGGAAGAUUCUAGUAGCAAGAAGAGCCUCGUGUACCACCUCAGUGAUGGCAUUUAUGGUGCCUUCAGCUGCCUCCUGUUUGACAGCCCCUGCCCCAGGCCCCGGCUGCACAAGAGACCCUGCCCAGACCCCCCCUCCCACAGCAGCAGCCUGCGGGGUCCCCACGGCCACGCUGAGGAUCAUGUCGCCGACGGGUUGGAGCUGCCUGAGCUGCAGGUGGGAGACUGGCUGAUCUUUGAGGACAUGGGGGCCUACACCACCAGCCCCUCCCCACCCACGGGGGGUCCCCAGCCACGGGUCACCUACACCAUGUCCCGCCUGGCCUGGAAAACCAUCCAGCUCCUCCAGGGAAAGCCACCACAGACAGAAGAAGACCGGGAGAGUGUUUGUGCCCCGUUGUCCUGUGGCUGGGAGAUGGCAGAGUCCCUCUGUGUCACCCCAGUCUUUGCUCCUGCUGGCAUCAUCUGA